AUGAUGGACCAGUGGAGUGCAAAGUACCUAAAAGACUGGCAAGAUGACUUUGCUGGCGAGCCCGACCUCGUCGAAGAUCUCCACAUCCAACGCAACCUCCUAGAAGCCUUAGAAGGACUCUAUCCCUCUGACUCAUCUAGCCAGCAACGUGCUGCAUCAUCAAUUGCCACAUUCGUCAAAUCAAAAUCAGAUCCAGAGGAAUCCUUGAUCUUAUUUCAAGCUAUCUUACUUGAUGCUGCCACUACUUCCCCCCUUCAACCACCUGAUCUGGCACAGGUAGUCGUCUCGUUCACUUCACAACUCCCUGGUCAAGCAUCGAAAAAGUUUUAUUAUGAAAUAGCAUGUAGUGUACGAGAAAAGUUCAAUGGGCCGGAGAAGCACAAUAACAACGAGAAAGAAAAAACCAAAUCAAUCCAAGCCUGGAUUCGUCUCAAUGCCUUUGUUGCAUAUCUCACUCAACUACAUGCAUGUUCUCUUGAAAGCUAUGGUCUGUGGACGUUCUAUAGAGUGUUUGACGAGGAAAACGAGAGAUUGAGACGCGAGGAACUAGACUACCAUGUUCCAGCUGCUGAGGCAUGGGUACAAAUCAUGGGAGAGGAACUUUACCAAUGGACGAAAUUGGAUAUUGAUCGAGAGAAUAAGAAAGACAAUCAAGCUUUGGUUGAUCGGGUAAGGUGGGAUCGAUGGAAGCAUGGCUUUGCAGACUGUGCAAGACUGGAAGGUCUGAGAACAGAAACAAAGCUAGCAGCAGAAAGUGCAUGGCGCUGUAUGAACAACCUGGAAAGUAACAUGUGA